CGACCUGGUGGCUUGGCGCUGCCGUCUGCCACUCGGGCGCCCCGCAGGUCUCAUUCAACGGCUUUCGCUCCAGCUGUGCUGCUCAAAAACCUCGUUCGGCGGUCCGUGGUGAUUGUACAGUAGUAAGGUACAAAGGCAUCGAAUGGUUCAAGUUGACAACAAUUGGAAUUCGUUUGGAUUGAUUGCUCCAUAAGGCAAUAAGACACUGCGCGUCGUGUAAGUGGUAUGGUCUCGUUGCCCGAGGAAAUCCUGGAACUUGGGGACACGCUUGAGCACCUUGAUCUUUCUGGCACCGGUCUAUUCUCACUACCUGCACACUUCGGCCCGGCUUUGCCAAAGCUGAAGACUGCCUUAUUCUCCAAGUGCAACUUCAAAGUCUUCCCCAAAGCCCUAGCAUCAUGCGCCAGCCUCGAGACGGUUGCCAUCCGCAGCAAUGGCAUGGACGAGAUCCCUGAAAAUGCCCUGCCGCCACGCCUUCGUUGUUUAAUCCUCACCGAUAACCGUCUCACCUCGCUACCCUCCACCAUCGGUGAUUGUGAGCGACUGGAACAGUGCAUGCUCGCCGGCAACCAGCUCGACUGCCUUCCCGUUGAGAUAGCUCGGUGCAAGCAACUCGCCGUCCUCCGGCUCAGCUCCAACAAACUCUCAACCCUGCCCUCUUGGCUUUUCACUCUACCAGAGCUGGCCUUUCUCUCCUUCGCCAACAACCCGUGCGCGUCGCCCAUCACCAACGGAGUGCACACCCCACGGGGCGUAGCAAGCAUCGCCUGGUCCGACCUCGAAGUACAGCAGCCGCUCGGCUCAAACACCUUCCAAGGGCUAUGGCGUCAGUCACCGCAUUACGCCGAGGACGUGGCCAUCAAGCUCUUCCGCGGCCCGCUCACCAGCGACGAGGGCACCCCCGCCGACGAGAUGGCGGCGUGUCUCGCCACGGGGGCACACGAGAGCCUGAUCACCAUCCUGGGCCGCAUCCACAACCACCCCGACGAAGAGACCACGCUUGAUGAAGAAGGGACGGCAUACCAAGGCGGCAUCGUAACCCAAUUGCUCCCGGAUCUCUACGCCCCUCUGGCCUGCCAACCACCAUCCCACGACGACGUCUUGCAGUCACCCCAACAACAACAACAACAAGAUGCAGAGGAACCCACUCAAACACCUCUAGAUGUGAAAACCGCCCUGGGCAUCCUAACCGGUCUCGCAGGCUGCCUCGCCCACCUUCACGGCCGCGGCAUCGCCCACGGCGGACUGUUCGCGCACAACAUCCGCGCCAGCGCCGCCGACGCUCACGCGGUGUUGGAUCUUGAUUCCUUCCGCGCGGCGACUGUGUACGGACACGGCAGCGGCGCCCUUGGAUAUGGCAAGGCGGUGGAGAAGGUGGAGGUGCUCGCUUUUGGGAGGGUGAUGGAGCGGGUGCUGUCACGGGUUCGCAUUGAUGCUGCUGGUGAUGAGGCACAACAAGGGGAGGUACGGAGGGGUAUGUGGGAAGUGCAGGAGAGGUGUGUCCUGCCCGAUUUGCAGGCGCGGCCGGAUUUCGAGGAGGUGGUGGAGGCGUUGGAGGAGUUGAUGGGCUGGCGCGGGAUGAUGCGGAUCCCGGAUGUGCAUCCCUAGGUUAGGACGGUUGGGUUCCACGCUGAGUUUGGAAGGCCGGCCGUAUCUGGCCACCUAUGGAGACGGAUGGGCUGUGGGGUGGCUACAGUGCUGGCUGGGGAUGAUUCGACUGCUGUCUUGGUUGCAGCAUUGGAGAGGC